UAUAAACAAGUAUAUAUAUAUAUAUUCUCAUAAUCAGAAACAAGCAAAGCAAAAGCAAUGGUACAAUGCAACAAGUUCAGAGGUGUCAGACAACGCCAGUGGGGCUCUUGGGUUUCUGAAAUCCGCCACCCUUUGCUGAAGAAGAGGAUUUGGCUGGGGACGUUUGAGACGGCGGAGGAGGCGGCGAAAGCGUACGACCAAGCGGCCGUUUUGAUGAACGGCCAGAACGCCAAAACAAACUUCCCCGCCGCCGGGGGCGGCCGGAGCGUCGCCGCCGUGCCGAUCCCGGUGGACGUUCUGGCCGCGAAGCUGAAGAAAUGCUGCAAAGAGCCCUCGCCGUCGAUCACCUGCCUGAGGCUCGACACCGACAGCUGCGACAUCGGUGUCUGGCAGAAGAAACCCGGUGGCGGGGGCGGGAAGGGUUCCGGCGGCGGCUCCGUUUGGCUCACGAAAAUCGAGCUCCUCCGCGCCGGGGAAAAGAACAAGAAGAAGACAACGGAGGAAGGAGAUGAUGGUAAUAACGGUCAACGGCAAAUUCUCCUCCAUGCCUCGCCGUCCACGUCAUCAUCCUCGAGCGACGAUGACGGCGGGUGGUGGAGUUCCUGGGGAGGCGGCGGCGAUCGGUCACCGCCGCACUCCCCAGAUGAAGCGGCCAUGGAUGAGGAGAAUAGAGUGGCAAUGCAGAUGGUUGAAGAGUUGCUUAACUGGAAUUAAUUAAUUAAGUAAUUAUUUAAUU